CCCCGAUGCUGAGCAGGAAGAAGAGCUGCAGCCUGCAGGAGCCGGCUGCUGCGUCUCAUUUCUUUUGGGCUUUUCCAGAGCUCCUUCCUCCUUUCCUGCUAUCAGCUUGAGAUGCAAAUUGAAGACCAGAAUCCAGAUGGCACAGUGGCAAAGACAUUUCCCUCAGCUCCUCAUCAGGGGGCUGAGCUGUCUCUUUAAGCGCUGCUGGGAUUUACCGGAUUCAGCUUCUUUCCUGAAGGUCAAGUGGAUUUCAGACUGGAUUGUCAAGUUUUGAAGUCUCCGGAUCAUCUUUAGUCUUUUUAAAAUGCUCAGGCUUGCAGGUGUUUUCACAUCCGCACUUGUUGAACACCAUGACCUAUGAGUCAGAGCAGGUGGGAUCUGCUGACUCAUUAAAGGGGUGACAAUGCCACGCGUCUCUGCGGAUGGUGAGAUGAAGAUUGAGGGUCCAGUUCUUGUUUUUCUCCUAGUUAAAAAGGGGGUUUUGAGCUGCACUUUGAAGGCUUUUUAACUGACAUAGAAGCUGCAAAAAUUGUUUAAAAUCAAGGCAAACUUUGUUUUCCUCUUCAGUCUGCUGUCAUCUUCAGAGCUCUGUGACAGAACAAAUGGUCUUCAAGGGAGCUCUUGUUUUGGACUGAAGCUGCUCCUGCCAUGGGAUAACUGCUGAGGGGGUUACAGCUUCCCUGAAAAUGGUGGUGACCCGUCUGGAGCUGGAGCUUCGCUACCAGGGCCAGAAGCUGCGUGGCGUGACCUGGAAGCUGACGCGGUCGCAGUACGGCUUCCUGCCUGAGAGCUCCUGGCUCAUAGCGGCGCAGGUUGUGGUGCCAUUCCUGAUAUCCGGGCUUGGAUUGGUCUCUGCUGGAAUUGUGAUGGACCUUAUGAAACACUGGCAGGUCUUCAAAGUGAUCACAGAGGUUUUCAUCCUGGUUCCUGCUCUGGUUGGACUCAAAGGAAACCUGGAGAUGACCUUGGCAGCUCGCCUCUCCACUGCUGCAAACACCGGUCAGAUGGACGACCCGGAGAAGCAGUGGACGAUGGUGCGCAGCAACCUGGCUCUCAUUCAGGUUCAGGCCACAGUGGUGGGGUUCCUGGCAGCCGUGGCAGCUAUCUGCUUAGGAGCCGUGUCCAGGGGGGGUGUUGAACUGGAUCAGGCGGCUGUGCUGUGCGCCAGCAGCAUCACCACCGCCUUCUUCGCUGCUCUGUCUUUAGGCCUGGUGAUGAUUGGAGUGAUCAUCGGCUCCAGAAAGGUGGGCAUUAACCCUGACAACGUGGCCACGCCCAUCGCUGCCAGUCUGGGAGACUUGAUCACGCUGUCCCUGCUGGCUGGGGUCAGCAGCACGCUCUACCAGUACAGAGACUUGUGGUACUUGUCCCCCCUGGUGUGCCUGUUCUUCUUGACCCUCAUCCCUCUGUGGGUGGCCGUGGCCCGACAGAGUCCUCAGAUCUCAGAGGUGCUCCGCUCGGGGUGGCAGCCCGUCAUCGUAGCCAUGUCCAUCAGCAGUGUUGGUGGACUUAUUCUGGACAAGACUGUGAGUGAUCCAAACUUCAAAGGAAUGGCUGUCUUCACUCCCGUUAUUAAUGGAGUGGGGGGUAACCUGGUUGCCAUCCAGGCCAGCAGGAUUUCGACUUACCUGCACUUCUGGAGCAUCCCGGGGGUGCUGCCCUACAAGAUGAGGCAGAACUGGCCCAACCCCUGCACCACCUUCUUCUCCUCCGGUGUGAACUCCAAGUCGGCGCGGGUGCUGCUGAUGCUGGUCGUUCCGGGUCACCUGGCCUUCCUCUACGCCAUCUCCCUGCUGCAGGGCGAGGAGGCGCCCAGCACUGCAGCCUUCAUCCUCUGCUACCUGUGUGCCGCCCUUCUGCAGGUGGCCAUCCUCCUCUACGUCGCCGACCUCAUCGUCCGCCUGAUGUGGAGGAGAAGUCUGGACCCCGACAACUUCUCCAUCCCGUACCUGACGGCGCUGGGCGACCUGCUGGGCACCGGCUUCCUGGCUCUCUGCUUCCGCUGCGUGGCGGUCCUUCAGGGUCCGGGUCUCUGAGUUCCCCUCAGCCGGACCUCCUCUGACCGCCUUUACCGAGCAAACGGACCUCCUCAUUCGGCCUUAUCCAGUUCACCUCCGGGGAAACAUCACAGGAGACGCCUUUUCACGAUUCUCAGCCGUCUUUCUAACGUCUCAGAGUUAGAUUCAUUCCACAUUAGAGCGUUUUCUUGUUGCUCAGACGCAGACAUAAAGUCCUCCUGGUUGACCUCCUGACCUCCUCUCGCCUGGUCUGCCCCAGAGUUCAGGUGAGCUUCACGCAGACAAACACCUGCUGAAACCAACUCUGGUGUGGACCAAACAUCUCCGUGUGAAACAGCAGGACCUCCUGCUGCGGCAGGAAGCAGCUGCACAAAUGAAAACAACGGAAAGCCGGCAUGUUUGGAUGAGGUGAGGAAAAAAAGGCGACCAGAGAUCCAAAUGCUGCUGGGCCUUCUGCACACAGAGCAUCGCUUUGGUCUCCUCUGUGGCUGAAACCACAAAACAGGAAGCAGAUGAGGAGGAAGAGGACUGGAGUUCAUCUGCUGGAUGAAAUCAUUUCUUCUAAACGUUUCUGCUCCAGGUUGACCGGCAGAUCAGGUUGAUGCUUUUGUAGAUCUCCUGUCUAAAGUUAAACGAAAGAUUUGCUCAGAAACAGACGCUGAACUUCUCUGUUCUGUACCUUCACUCUAAAACUGUAGAAAGCAGUGCUGGGUAAAUCACUUCUAAAAAGUAAUUGAUUACUUUGUUCCUGGAUCAAAAUUGUAAUUAAGUUACUUUACUCAUUUGAAAAAGUAAUUCUUUUUUUUCCUCUUGUAUACAAACUUCACAGGAAAAAAACAGCACAAACUAGAUUCUCUUGUCUUUCAUUUAACUUUUUCUUUUUUUUAAAAUGAUUUUGUGCAAAAUAUGAACCUGGUUGAAGACAUGACCUGCUUUUAUUAGAAUUCUGACAACGGUGAGAUGUGGAAAAAAAACGGUUUCGCCCAAAUUCACGUGUAUCAAACCUGAAAUGAAGCCACAACUGAAAACACAAAAAACCAUUAAAAGUCUCCAUGUUCCUGUUC